AUGGUACGACCCACAUCUAUCAUUCGUCUGGCGGAAAGUUCGACUGUUCGUGCUCAUGUUCAAGGUCAAGGUCAACGAGCGAGAAAACAACCAUUGUCUUUCGCAGUGAAUAAAGCCACUGAAAAUGAAGAACGAGCGAAAUGUAUUUUAUUACAUGAUAUACCAAGAACUGCAUUACCUAGUGAUAUUCAAAAAGCACUCAUUGACGUUGGAGCUGUCGAUUCCAACUUUUCUUUAUCUUCAAUAACUUCCCUUCCUCCUUCAUUACCCAAGGUACCAACAUUAUAUCGAACAGUUCAUUUAUCAUUCCCAUCGACGAAAAAGGCUUUUUUCGCAUCAUACAAAUUAUCUGAACACCCAAUAUUCUCCACUACUUCAUCUCAUAAUAACUCUUUCCAAAAAUCAUCCAACCAAUCACAAACUCAAUCGCAGACUCAGACGCAGACUCAAUCGCAAUCGCAAUUUCCAAUCCAAUCUCAUUUUAAAUCUCAAGCUCAAUUGACACAUACGACUUCCACAGCAUGGACGACUGAAAUAAUUAGGAAGACAAUAGAAGAUCGUACACCAUAUGAAAAAAAUCGUGAUAAAGAUAUAGGGAAAUCAUUCACACCUGAAUGGGCAUCGAAAGCUGGUAUGAGUGGUAGAAGGGUCGUGAUCAAAGGUCUACCAGGUUCAAUCAAGUCUGAAGAUGUAAGGAGAUUAGGUAAAGAAUGCGGUGUUUUAGAUGAUGAAGAAGGUUGUAUGAAGUUACCCUCAAGCAGACAAAGCCCUGUAACAACAUUCUGUCUGACGACGAAUACAGUAACCGAAGCUCAUCGAUUAGCAAGGAAAAUCCAUAUGAAAUGGUAUAAGGUGGAUAUUCAUGGUCAAAAAUAUCUGAUGCGUGCUCAUGUACAUUACUGA